AUGGUUAGAAUACUUUGUUUUUCCGUUGUUUUUCUUCUGUUUACUAUUUGCUUGAUCACGAAGGUUUAUUCCCGAUACGAGUUUUCGAACGUAAAAUGUGAAUGUGCCGAUAAGAAGUUUUGCGAAGUGGAAUAUUGCUAUAUAAAAUCAAAGAACCGGACUUAUAAAUAUAUUUCUUUAAAAAUUAAACUGCACCGAAUUCCAUUGACAAAAAUUAAGACGAAUUUUGCCCUCUAUCAACGACUGAAUGGCUACAAACCUUUCCUCUACAAUGUGACUAUAGACGCAUGCAAAUUUUUAAAAUCUCCCACUUCCAAUCCCGUUGCCAGUUACUUUUAUAAUUUCUUUAAAGACGUUUCCAACUUAAAUCAUUCUUGCCCAUAUGAUCAUGACGUUUUGUUGGAUAAAUUGACUGCUGAGAGUAUUUUACACCGAGUCACAAAUAUUCUGCCUUUUCCGAAAGGAAACUACAUGUUUGAAAUGGAUUUCUAUAUGUAUAAUAUUAAACAAAUUGUAUUUCAAUUGUAUGCCUCAAUUUCGUGA